AUGCAGGUUUCCUACUGGCGCUGGGAUGUUGAGAAGCUGAUGUCCUCGCACGACAUGCAGAUUCCAGCCGCUUACUCAGUCAAGAUCCAUGGCCACGACGUCAACCGGGUGUUGGUGAACCCGAGCAACGUGACACAGUUCUCUGUCGGAGGGUACUCCUACUUCAGACUUUGGGACUACAAUCCCAAUGCACCAGCCUCG